GGCACAGCCAUGUAUUGUAGAUCGAAAUUUUCGGUGAGAGUUCAAAGAUUCUUUAAGAACUUUAAUUCGAGUGCUUUUUAUCAUAAUGCGAUGGAACUUAAAGAGGUUGUAACAAAGUUAAAUAUCUUCGCACCCUUACAACUGGCAGAGAAAUGGGACAACGUGGGGUUGCUGGUCGAACCUUCCCCUCCACAUUCUGUCAAAUCUAUUCUUCUCACCAACGACCUUACCGAAAGAGUGGUUCAAGAGGCAGUCGAUAAAAAAGUCAGCAUGGUGAUAUCUUAUCAUCCACCUAUUUUUGUCCCUUUGAAACGCCUCACAUCUAAGACCUUUAAGGAGAGAAUCAUUAUAAAAAUGAUAGAGAACAGGAUCGCUGUGUUUUCUCCACACACAGCAUUUGAUGCUGUGAAGAAUGGCGUGAACGACUGGCUCGCAGCAGGCCUUGGAAGUGCAGAAGUAGAUCCACUAGAACAUUCAAAAGACCAGAGUUCAGGUGUGAAAGUAGAGGCAAGGAUAUUGACCAAUCAGGUGCCUGAUCAGAUUACUAGUGUGCAAGACAAACUCAAAGACCUUCAAGGUGUUGAGAGAAUUGAAGUUGAAACUUUGAUGAGGUUAGUCAAGGUAGGGUAAUGUGCAGUUGGGAGUUACUCCCUUGAAUUUCCCAUGGGAGUGUCCUGAUGGUUCUCUAUUGCUGGUUUGCACGUGACAUCAUGGCGGCCAUGUUGAUGGUCAAGAACAAAAGUAUUUCUCUCUUCUGCGAACAAAACUCUAUUUUCAUGUACAUUACUCAAGAAAAAAUCUGUUGUAUUGAUCCCCAACAUGGCCGCGUUCAGUUGUCACAUGGUUGCAAACCAAGAAUACCUGGCAAAGGUGGCAACUUUCCAUCCCAGCGGCUUCUGAACAUUCUGAUAAUUUGCGGAAGACUUCUGAACAUUGCCAAAAAUGUCCAAAUAUUCUCCGAUGACCUUUGAGCACUUCAAAAGCUAUUUCAAAGGUGACAAUUUUAGUAUGUUGUGAUACAGUUACAACCCCCCAAGUUAGAAAUGUUUGUUCAGUGGCCAUUUGGUGAUCAGCUCUUUGGGUUUAGUCACAAGGGAAAAUUUUUGGCCGCCAAAUUAUAUUGAUAAAUUAAUAUAUCACAAUUGUCAUUAACAAAAGCAGUUAAGCAAGUUUAACUUUAAAUGCAGCACUGUCUAUAAAUUACUCAUUUAUUUUGCAAGACAUUAUUUACUGAUAGUCUGAGAAUAAGGUUUGCAGAUUCAGGCCCGGCCAGCGGGGGUAGUGGGAUACCAAUAUACCAGCUAUUUUGCCCCCAAGAUACCAAUAUACUUCAAAAUCGUAAAAUGUGUGAUACUAAAUACCUAAAAUUAUUUUGAAACAGAAUACUAAAAAACCUGAAAAUGAACAAGUCAGAUCUUAAUAAAAGAGGAACUCCUGGUUCACUGUCCUCUUCUGCUUCCUUUGCGGUCGGCCAGCGUCCAUGGUGAUCAAAUCGUCACCUUGUCCAUCAACGCUGACUCUACAACUAGGUUCUUCAUCAGCUUCAUUGGGAGAGGUGGUGUCAGUGGAUCCGCUUACCAAGGCCAGGAGCAGAUAGUACUCCCCCUCAUCUAUUUCAAUAGUUUCUGAUUGUCAACAACUGUAGUGCUGCUUACAACCCCCUUUAUGAUCGACUUGCCACAUCUUGGGUGUAACAAAGAGUUGUUACAUAACGAGCACUGUCAUAGUCAUCAACCACAUAUACAGUAGGCUGUUUGGAGCAGAACUCGGUUUGUAUAUUCAGGAAACUACAACAUACGUAGACUGGGCGAUGACAAUGUUACGUGCUGUGGUGGUAUCUUGGUGUUGAACGGGGAUGUCUUCAUUGAUAAGCACGUCAAAGUCAACUGAAUGUUGCUGCUGGGGUGCAGACUUGUAAAGGUUCGAUGGCAAGGUGCCUGGCUUGUCUUUUGUUGAAACAUUCCUUGUGGUAUUCUGUCUGACACUCUUACCGUACUGCUGUACCCACUGACGGAUCUCAUCCAAAUGCUUCUUGGAUAAGCAACCAGGCAAAGGCUUUGGUAAUUCUGCAAGGUCGCAGAAGUUUAUAUCAACAUCACCUAAAGAAGGCUGAAGGUAGUGCGAGGGCACUGGAUUUGUAAAGUACCUGUAACUGGUACCUGUGACAUGUUUUAAUAAUUUGUUAAUACAUCAGGAAAAACGCAAGCAAAAGUCGAGCAUCAUGGGAGUGUCCGUGUUACCUCCUCUCAUACUGGAAAAGAAGUUUUCAAUAAAGAGAGUUAAAAGGCUUUCAACGUCUAAGUGUUGAAUGAAGUUUGGAUUGAGUUCCAUCACCUUUGUCCUCAGUCUAGAGAGGCCUUCCAGUAUCAUCUUCACGGAGUUCAGUGUAGUAGCAGAGAGUGUUCGGUCUGGUCCUUGGGUCUUGGAGGUUGAGCCCGGCUUUAUACCCUGAACUUUCAACGAGGCUUCUUCAUGAAAAGUGUAGUAAUUCUGGACGCGGGUAACUGUCUUAUCAAAACUUAACCUUGUGGUUGUCCCAGUCAGUUUGAAGGCUGACAGAAAGAGCCAGUAAAGGUCUUGUAAGUAUUUGAUUAGGGCUUGAACACAAUUUCGAGCAUCCGCACUAUUUCAAGUGAGCAUUAGAGCGACAAUAAAACUGAGAAAUGAAUUAUACAUUUCUCAGUGAUUUCUGUACCAUAUACCGAAUACCUAAAAUUCAGGAAAAACUGAAUACUUUAUGCCCGAAUUUUGACCAAAAAAUACCAUAUACCUGAAUUAAAAUGGCCCGGGAUACCGUAUACCCAAAAACCCCUGGCUGGGCCUGCAGAUUCAUCUCCUUGAAUCAAUACUGAAACGGAAUUGUAAAGCCAAUUACCAUUUCCAGUUGUCUUUAGGGCCUUCAAUCCUUCUGUAUAAUCCUCAGUUGGUGUAUGAGAGCAGAACUAAACUCAUCCUCUGUUAAUGUGUUCAAAAUUUCCCAGUCGCAACUUGAAAGGUGACCUAUUUUUUUCUGAUAUUUGUUUCGCAUUUGUUUCAAGACUUUUGUUGAUGAUGAACUUGUUUCCCCAACUAACAAAUAUUUUUGAAGGUUUAAAAGGUCAUUGUUAAUAUCGCUAGACGUUGUGAAAGCCUGAUAAAGGCAGGAGAGUAUAGGAAGAUCAGCAAGUCUUAUAAAUCAAAUCAUUGCUUUAUAGAGAUAACAUCGCGCACGUGAAAAUUUUGCAACAAGUUCUACUGGGAAAAAAUGUUUUCCCCAAUCUAUUGAAAGGGACCCAAACAAAAAUGCCACUUAUGAAAUAAUAAAUUUUCUUUUUCCUUUAUCAUCGCUACAGGUGUUUAACAAAUUUUUGCAACAACCAAAAGCUGUCAUUUUUGCGAUGUUUAGUUUUGUUUACAAUACUUUUAUUAUCGCUUUUGUUUAAAAAACUGCGAUUCAACUCGCAGCUCGGUUCUCAUGUUACGGUUAUUACACCAUGUUCUGUGUUGACUUUGCAGCAAUUUAGCUUUCCCUCUUCAUGUUAGUAGAUUGUUUAUUGAUUCAAAAGUCUGUAUAAUAUGUAGUCCAGUUAAGAAACCACCGAACUUGGCCAGACAAGCAUACCCAAGAUAUCAAAGAAAUUGACACUGUUGACAAGCAAGGCACUUCAAUUGUGUGGCAUUUGUCAUGUUUCAAAAGUUAAAAUGUCAUGUGCAAGGCAACAGACACUGUGGAGGCGAAUGAAUGCAGGCCAAGUUUCAUUGAUGUUCAUUUCAAAAUGCUUAUCUCUCUGAGUUCUCAAUUUAGCAUGUUUUUCAACAGAAAAGUAAAAAAGUAAUAGAAAUCAAAUCAGUUAGAAUAAAUGUUCUUCAUAUUUCAGUAGAAGUGAUUACCAUUUCUGUUUCUAUACGCCAUAACACGAACCUAUUCUUCACAGUCGCCAACUUGGCGACUAUCCUCCAAAUCAAGUCGCCAGUUCCAAAAUUUUAGGCGCCAUUGCGACUAAAAUGGUCGCAACUUGGAGGGUUGAGUUACAUCACAAAGUCAGCAUUAAGCCUCUUUUUGUAAUAUUUUUGCGGAAAAGUUGUCUUUUAAAAAUCUGCAAAAAUCUUCUUUGGAUUUAAAGAUCUUAUCAUUGCUUUUAUAGACCACAAGGACUGACUGAACAACAACUGUCUUUGCACUGUUCUGAGAGUGGGCUUGUUGACACCCUUCAGACGCUGACAUCUUUGCUCCCUGAAGCUCUUGGAAAAGUAGAGGUUGUUCCUCUUGCACAGGUAAAAAAUAUUAUGAUUUUUGUAGUUUUAAAAACAACUAACAGAGUUUAGAUCUUUGAAGUUAUGAUCAUUAUCACGGUUGUCACUAAGAUUUUAAGUUGCCGGGUAAUCAAAUACAUCAAGUAGGUGGGGAAUCAAACAGCUAGGGAUUUAUUUUGGUUCUAUUUUUCUUCUGUUUUCCUUUGAAAGUAGCCGAGGGCCAUGUUUAUAGUAGCUAGGGGGAAAUCCAUGGCCCUUGCCUCUUAAUGACAGCCCUGAUUAUAGACUUCCCACCAAUAUUAACUUUAUAGGUUAAGUUUAUGUAAUAGGUGAAACAUCUCCUCACCAUGGGUAAAUAUGACAACAUCUGAGUGCCAGGUUGCAAUGUUAAUUAUUAUUAAUUGCAUUAAUUUUAUUAAUUUAUUUAAUGGAUUUGACACCAAACCUUAAACCUCUACUGUCCCAAUGUAUUUCCACACUGCUCCAAUAUAUUUUCAGUGGCCCAAUAUGUUCCCAUUGGCCCAAUACAUUCCCUGGCCAUCUGAGUUGUGAACCUUACCAACCGGCAUUUCAUAAACUCACUAGAGCAUCAAAAUCUCCUCUCUCUAGAUUCCAAUACUGGGUACUGGCCAAGGUCGCCUUUGCACCCUGCAUUCACCAGUUACUCUCUCAGAGUUAAUCAGCCGUAUCAAAAACCACCUUAAUCUCAAACAUAUACGCUUAGCUACUGCCCAUUGUAGCACAUCAGAAGAUCCACUCCAAAGUUCCGUCCAAACUAUUGCACUGUGCGCAGGUUCAGGAGCAAGUGUACUGCGUGGGAAACAAGCUGAUGUAUACCUUACAGGUGAAAUGUCACAUCAUGACGUCCUUGAUGCAGUGUCACGUGGUGUGCACGUGAUCUUAUGUGAACACAGCAAUACAGAGCGUGGUUUUCUUACAGAAUUUAGAGGCAAAUUGGUUGAAUUGUUAGAGGGAAAGGUUGAUGUCAUGGUUUCCUCAAACGAUACUGAUCCUCUCCAAAUUUUAUAGACAAUUAUCUCUUGUACUGAGUUAGCUUGAGGUACAAUCUACAUGAACCAGCUUUCCUUCAAANUCCUUGAUGCAGUGUCACGUGGUGUGCACGUGAUCUUAUGUGAACACAGCAAUACAGAGCGUGGUUUUCUUACAGAAUUUAGAGGCAAAUUGGUUGAAUUGUUAGAGGGAAAGGUUGAUGUCAUGGUUUCCUCAAACGAUACUGAUCCUCUCCAAAUUUUAUAGACAAUUAUCUCUUGUACUGAGUUAGCUUGAGGUACAAUCUACAUGAACCAGCUUUCCUUCAAAUGACUUCAAGAACCACAGGGAAAUGCUUGAAGAAGUUGCUUCAAAUUUCCAAUUUUUAGCAGAAAACAUGUCACUGGCAUAUGGUACUACAGUCUACUUUACCUAAUCCAUUUGAAAUAAUAUUAUGUAUUAUGACGUGGGAGUCGUUGCUAGUCAAAAAACCUACUCCAUCUGGAGCACUCUGAGUCCAGUUUGAUCAUUUUAAAACACUUGACCUACUUGCAGAGCAACACAGAGAUACAUGUAAUCACUUCGUUUUCUAUAGU